CACGACAACCGUGCUGAACGAUCACGAUGCGAAUUUUGUUCAUUGCAAACAACCCACGUAUUCUGUUCUGUGUAGUUUUAGUAGAGUUAUUCCUGCGUGCAGACUCCGCAACCGUUUUAAAAUGAAUUUUAACCCGAACAUGGACAAAACGCGCAACCGACGCAAAGGUAAAAACCAACCAGCUAUAAAAAAUAACAAAUAUAAACCCCCCCAAAACUCGUUGUACGUAGACAGCAACACGAAACUGAACAGCGGCCACCGUAACGGCGAGAACGGCCGCCAGAAGGAAGCGAACGGCGGCCGUCCACGCAACCGCACCGUAUUCACCAACUCCCGCAGCUCGCUGGUCAGCGACGACUACUCGAGGGACUUGGUGAAGUUCGAUGGCGGCGCGUGGCCCAACUACGUGCCCCGUCCCAUCACCGUGCGCAACUUCCACACCGACGACAGCAUCGACCUGUUCAACGACGAUGCCUGCAACAUGGGCACCACCAUCACCCCGCACGGCGUCAUCUCGAUGCGCCUGCACGACCGCAUCCGCAUCGACAUAUCGCUGGACCGGGCCAUACGCAUCGUCAAUCUACGCAAUAACAUCAUACUGGCGUUGAACGCGAGCGGCAGCUCUUCAGGCUUGUUGCAUCCGAACGGCAGAAUCUUUCAGUACGGCUCUAGGGUGGAAAUACUGGCUCACGGCGGUCAGGGCAACAACAAAUACGCCAAGAUGUGGUACAAGGGCGUGAGCUUCACCAGCGACCAAUGCGCUCUGGUUUAUCUGGUCGACUCGGCCGGCACCAGAACGACUACCGACUCCUUCAGCGACCUAUCGACCGAUUUUACCAUGGGUGUUUUUAUGGAUGAUUCCCCUUAUGCCGAGGCCCAGGGCUCGCACCUGAUCCAGGAGGCUGUCGGCAUCCUACAGUCCGCCUCGUAUUGGGUAACCGACGACAACACCGACAACUGGAACAUAAACAACGUCAGAGUCUCACAGACUCCCGACGGAUUGGUCAGAGUUGGAAGAAAUAAUAACAAGUACACGUUGCGUACUUCGCCGUCGAACGGCUCAGCUUCGAUCUCGUCGCCGUACAUGCAUUGCACCGGAUCGCUGGGACAGACCAGACACCUGUUCGUGCGUCGUGGAGAACGUCGCAUGCACUAUGACGGUCUGACGUUCAUCGUACGUAACGCCGGACAUUCGGCCGGUUUCGACGAUAAGCACCAGCUUAAAGUUUACUGAGGCCCUCGUCGGUUUUUUGGUUUUUUUUGUUUUAAAUAAUUUUUAUUGUCUCUCUCGUAUAUGAUUGAUUGAUAUAUAUAUAUAAAUAACGAUAGGACGAUUGAUAAUAGUAUACCCAUAAUAGUAGUAGAUUUGAAAAGCCGUGAUAAAGUGUAGGUGCCACAGGAAUUAAGGCGGUGGUUUAGUUGGUAAUGAGUAAUUUGAUUGUAUCCAAGGAUUGCAUUGAAUAAAGUGGUGUGUUCUUUAUUAAA